UUGUCCAUUUUCAAUAUAUUCAAAAAUGAAAGGUGAGUGAUAGUCUGAGAAAUUUGAGAGGGUCUUUUUUUCUCAUUUUGAUAACUCAAAACUGCCAUUUUUGAAAUUUCACACUUGCCGUGGACUUUGUCCACAAUUAGGAAAGUGUCUUUGACAAAUUAGAAGAAACUUCAGUUAUAAACAACUUAGUUGUGCAUGUGUGGUAUGUGACUUUUAGUGUGUCAAAAUGUGGAAUUGUGAGUAUGCAUGUGUGCUCCAAUUUGAAUUCACAUCUAUUGGUUUUAACUGCUGCUGUGUUUUUUCCUAAUAAGUUCAGACUGGAAGAAGGUGGGGGUAUAUUUUGUUUUUCAGUGAUGAUGAUACAAAAGCUUUUCCUUACUACCUGACUGAAUAAUUAGAAGGGGAAGUUGAAAUAUGAGGAUUUAGAUGGAUCUGAGGACAAUCUUGUGCUGGAAUAUUUUCUUCCAGACUUCAAUAUGUCCUAACAUGUGGACAUAUUUUACUGUACAUUUAAAUUUACCAGCACCUUACAGUUAGCAUAUUAGCUUAUUUUUGCUGUCUCUGGCUUUUCUGAGUACCUAGAUGUCACUUUUUCUCCUUUGUUUUUUGGAAAGUAGUCUCAGAUGAUUUUGAGGACUUCAGCCAGAUACACACUACAUUUUAUUUUUUUCCGAUUUUUUUUUAAACCUUUUUGUCAGUUCUGCUGAUGUGCUGCUGAUACUAAGAUAGGUGUGGGAGACAUCAGCAAGGACAAAUAAUGCAAAGGGAUGUAGUAGUUAUAAACGUGGAUGGAAAAUAGUAGUUAAAUGAGGUUUCAACCUGGAAGCUUAUACUUACGCAGGGAAACCAAGAGGAAAGAUAUUCAGCAAAUAGUAAUGUUGGAAAGACCGUAGGGCUGAAACGCGGCCAGCAACAAAUUCCUGCCUCUUUAAAGCCCCCAAGGUCUUGUAACAGACUGAUACCACAAAGCUAUCAUCUGGUUAGGGAGGGAGAGGCUAUAAUACAAUGGUGUAGUGAUAAACAGGAAUAGGUGUGGAGGAAACCAGGCAUCCCAGAUAAGGUGUCUCCACACAUUAAAUAUAAUGAAAUAUUUUUAGUGGUGAUAUUUUCUUUGUAUUCGUCACAUGACAUCAUCCUCAACCUAAAUACUUUUUCUAAUCAGGAGUCCCCUUUAUGCCUUUUUUAACAAAACUAUAUCAGUCAUCGUGACUUCAUGGAAAUCAAAAAUAGUCAGUGAAAAGCAGCUUAGCACUCCUGCAGCAUCUUUGUAAGUCAUCUGAGCUCAUCACAUGAAUCAAGUGCCACACCCACUCCUGAGUGUUCCGUUCCAGCCAUUGAUUUUUGGUGCUAAUUUCAUGCCUUAAUACUGCUUGCGUUAGGCCCGUGCAACCUGUGGCACAGAGCAGAAUCAUAAUGGACUCUAUUAUAAUGAAACUCUCUUUGAGGCAGUGGAAUAUUUCAGUGCGCUGCAAUGUGCAGUCUGUGAUUCUGGUUGUGUGGAAAAACUUCAUUAAGUUGCUGUGUCAUUUAAAAGAACUGCACCUUGCUCCUUUCACCACUAGAGGGAAGUUGCAGUACAGGAUAGAACAUGGCUUUUCACUGAAGAGUAUAAUUUUGGACUACUUUUGGUAGUGGAGAUAUCCCUUGAAAUGAUGACUUCACCUGUAUCUAUUUAAGGGAGCUUUAACUGCUGCAGACUCAUGCAGCUGGAUUUUACUUCGUCUAAUUUUUGAUUAUUGGGUUUCACAGUCUGAUGGGUGGAAAUUAUUCUAAUUAUUCAGGUAACAGAAAUAGAAAAUUGUUCAGUAAAGUUUGUGGGAAGAUAACCAGGUGAGUGAUCUUGCUGUUUUCCUCAUCCAUCCCAAAAACAUAAACCCCCAAACUAGAAUAUCUUCAUUUCACAUUCUUCUGUGUGGAUGUCUUGGGGGGCAGGGGAGAUGGGUGGUUGGAUCUUAAGAAGACAUUUGGAGACGGUGGAUUUAUUAACCUUCUGGGCCAACUGUAAAUCUCGAUAUAUAUCACAAGCGUUUGGGGAAGGGAUAGUUUGAGGAAUGUAGAGUGGUCAUUUGUGAGAUGGAGGAUGAUUAUUGUGGGCAGAGUUAUGAUUUAUUUAUUUAUGCGUAUUACCAUAGCCUGUGGGAACCCUGCCAGAGUGUUUCAGUCCCGUGAUCUUACCAAUAGAUGGGUCUCUAGCUGGGUUCUGAAUUAACACAGUUUAUAGUACAAAAAUAAUUGGGUUGAGGUAAUUGAUUUACUGUACUCUUACCUUCCUAAAGGUUGGAGGUGAGGUGGGUGGGGGAAGAAGGUGCUGCUGUUCCGUGGAUACAGAAUUUCACUCUUUAGUAGUGUCAGUGUGGCAACUCUAAUGAGCACUAAAGUCAUAAAACAAAAAUUAACUAUAAUACUUUGGAUUUAGCUGCGGGGCCAGAAGCCACUCACUGGUUAGCCUUACAAGGCUAGUAUCGAAGUGCCAAUUUUAAAUGAACAUCUGGACAUCUGUAAUGCACGAGGCAGAUAAGCCAAUAUUUUCACUUAGCAAAUUCAAUGGCUUCAUUCAUCAGAAUAUCUGCAAUAAAGGGUGUUAAUGCAGAUCUGUUUUUCAUCUGAAAUAUUGGGAAAUCAGGGGGAAAUCUUCCAGAUAAACACUUGCACUUGUUUAGCCAUUCAACAGUAUUAGUGUAUGACUGUUUACCAUUUCAGCUUGUUCAGAGAUUUGCAAAUGUUUACACAUCAUCCAAUCCCUUGCAACUUCCUGGAAAUAUCCUGAGUGAAUGGGUAGCUAACAAUGACAACAGACUGUGAAAAUCCAUUAUAUGUUAAUAGAAAUUAUUUGGCCUUUUGGUUACCGGAGAAUGAAGUGUGUUAAAUCUCCACAGAAACUAACAGGCAACCAGAUAUUCACAGCAUCCCUCUCAAAUCCCUGCUUUCCAGGGAAGUGGCUGCUACUUUCAAACUUUGACAUUUGUAGCUUGUCUGCCUACUAUAUAUACAUAUAUAAUUUAGUUUUAAUAAAAUGAUUUAGAUAAGUGCAUAUUGAGGAAGCAAACGCCUACCAGUCACCUGCUGACAGUGACUGAAUUGAAUGAGGUUGCAAAUCAUGCAGAUUAAUAUUAUCCAGAUCAUGCUUCCUAAAAAUAACAGCAAUAAAGCUAAAACCUCAUUUGGAAUACGGACCUGUAAAGGUCAGCCUGUUACUUCUCUAUCAUAUGGUAGGAAUUGCCAGACCAGACUAGACCUCGUUUCCAGCUACAAUAUCGGCUCUCUGACAGUGGCCAGAAUCAGAUGCAUUAGAGAGAAUGUACAAAAAACCCUGCAGUAGUCACAUGAAAUAACCAGCUCAAGGAUAGCUACCAUUUAACCCCAUCCGUAGAGGUUUGGUUUAUGCCCGGAAGGCUUCUAUCCCUUCCAAACACUCGGUUAUAGUUUUAAUCCUGUCUGACUUCCACGCACAUGUCCAAUCCUUUUUCAAAUUCUGGUAAAAUUAUAAAAUUGAUCUUUGACAGGUCCAGUGGCUGUAAGAACAAGGAUUCAAAUGUGGAUUCACCCUUCAGAAUGGGAGCAGAGCCAACACUGACCUAGAGUUGGAGAGCUGGAACUUUAGCAGAAAUUAGCAUCACUGCAUCCCAGGAGAAGAGAAGCAGCACAGAAAUCAAUUAGGGCCCAAUCCAAGCAUCUGAAGACGUCUCCAAAUACCAUGAGUUCUAAUACUAACACCAUCCACAGUGCUAUGCUGUCCAACCGCACACUGAAUGUGAGACAUUCAUCCAAGUGGAUGGUUGGUGCUAUUGUGCUUUUCCUGGCUGUGCCUAUCUCCAGCACCACUCCCACCUACCCAUGGAGAGACCCCGUGACUAACAACAAGGUGGUGUGCCAUCAGUGCCCGCCGGGAACCUUUGUGGCACAGCACUGCACCAGAGACAAACCCACAGUGUGCGCCCCAUGUCCAGAUCUGCACUACACGCAGUACUGGAACUACCUGGAGAAAUGCCGAUACUGCAACGUCAUCUGUGGAGAGCUGCAGGUCGAGCUGCAUCCGUGCAACUCCACCCACAACAGAGUAUGCCAGUGUCAGCAUGGCUACUACUCCGAGUCCGAGUUCUGCAUCGAGCAUGCCAAGUGUCCUUCCGGGUCUGGAGUAGUAAAGCUGGGUACUCCCCAUCAGAACACAAAAUGUGAGACGUGCCCCCAGGGGUUCUUCUCGUCCUCCAGCUCCAGUACAGAGCCGUGCAAGGCGCACCAGAGCUGCUCGCAGCAGGGAAAGGAGACUAAUGUCGUAGGAAACCAGUUCCAUGACACCCUGUGCACCACCUGCAGGAUGUUCAAGGGAAACGGCACCCAGGACUCAGGGAAUGAGGACUGCAAACAAGCAGUGAUCGAUUUUGUGGUUUACCAGAACAUCUCGGUGAGAAAGCUGAAGCGCCUCCAGCAAAUCCUCGAGCGGCACCAAAAGGGGAUCCUCCACAAGGACACCAGGCCUGCCUUUCAGGAAAAGUUCCACACGUAUCUCACCAAAUUGAAGAAGGAUCACUUGGAGCUCAUCAAAGUGUUGCUGAAUGCGCUCCGGGCAGCGAAGCUGUAUACCGUGGAAGAGAUGGUGCGGAAACGUUUCUCCUUGGAGUUAGAAAAUUAACAGAACUGUUCAGGGUUUUUUUGUUUUUGGUUUUUGUCUAGCUUGAUUAAUUUAUUAACUUUCUACAAACUAACUUGAGGUGCACCUUGGAGAAGAUGAAUGGUGGGUAGAGAACGGUGAGUCUCUGACUCAUUCCUGAUCCUCUCCAUUCUGACAGCUGACCACUGUCCCAGUGUGUGUGCACUGUCUGUCUAACGUGGCCGCAGGUGAGGUCUGUAAUGCAGGCUGUGCCUCGGCUAGCGGAACUUCACUGCAAGUGAAGCUGGAUGAGAAUUCUGGGAGAAACUUGCACUUUGACUUUUAACCUCCUCUCUGGGGAGGAGGAGUAGAUGUUGUUCUUACUUUAUCAGAAACAAAAUGCAUAACAUUCCAGGGAGAGCACGCCCUAUCUCUUGACUGCACACGAGUCCCUGUUGCCCUUCCUUGGGCCACUGUGCAGAGUUUAAUUUUAAAGUGCACCGUAUUUUUAAAACGAUAUUCAAAUGUUUCCAGGGGGUGGCUGCCUUUCACCUUCCAACGUUAAAUUUCUUUCAAAGAGGGGUUUAUCAGGGAGAGGUGAGUCCGCAAUAAGAUGCCCCUGAGGUCACUGGUUACAGCCUCUUUUAAAUGUAUUUCUACAAGUGCCUUGUUUUGUACAGUUUGUCAUGUUUGUUUGAUACAGAGAAAUGCAAAGAUGACAUUUG